ACGGCCUUGUGGAAUACAAGACUAUACUUUAUAUUGUGUGCUAUGUGUACAUGAAUGUUUGAGUGGUCCAAAUUCUCAAUGUAUGUACCAGUGCACGUAUCGAUUUUUCAACUUCCACAGAAUCUAUCAGUGGGAUUACUCUGUAAUUUGAUCUCGGUAUUGAUUUGUUCGUCUUGCAAUGAAAACAACUGGAGGGGAGAAUGUGUAUCAUAUGACAUGCAGUGCUGAGGAUAUCAUGCUAGUCAUGCUAGUCGAGUCUCAGUUGUUGACGAGAUUUGUCAGACGAUUUCCAUUUUGAGAGAGUAGGACUGCGGGGGCGUUCGGAUAAGGGACCAGCCAUAAGAACACUGAAGCCUGUCCUCACGCUACCAAGGAUAACCUUAGUACGAGAAAAAAAAACCCAUCCCGUUUAUGCAGUGACAAGAAAAUAACCUUGCUGGCUGUGUGUGGGAAAGUGACUACAAAGAUUGUUUUCUCUGGUGUCCAUUGUUGGAAGGCGAGUCGAGAGAGCCAAGUUGUAUAGUGUUUGUCUGCUAGGUGAACCAUGAAGGGAGCCAUGCGUAUUACUGUCACACAGUAUACCGUGUGACUUCUGUUUUGUACUGUACCUCGUAAGUAACCCACGGAAAGUUGCUCACCGCCAUUUUGGGGAGCGCCAAACCACACUUUCGCUUUUUCCGGUGAGAAUUUUUUUAAAGUGAAAGUAUGAAGAUAUACACUUAGUGAUGAUUCAUUUUCAUUUGGAUCUGAAAGUUUGAGCAGCUCUGGUCGUCUCCAAAGGUUGACUGUAUUGGGGGACAUCACAACAGGUACGGUAUCAAUGUACCAUGUUUUUCUCACGGUAAAGACUGGCACGGUUCGCAUGGUGGGUGUCAAAAUAUAGAAGUCGGUCAACAAAAAUGUCUUUCUUGAAGAGGAUUGGAAGUCGCAAAAAGUCGACCGAUCUUCCUGGGGAUACCAUCCGGAACCAGGAGAAAGAGGAGAAGAAACAGAAGAAGCGAAACAGUGUACAUGGUCUCUCCGGCUUCCGCUCCCGGUCCGAGUCCGGGGACUCCAGCAAGGCGGCCGAAGAUGAACCGCCUACAUCGUCGUUUACCUCGGCAGCAGCGGCCAAGGACCGACAACGCAAGAAGCACAAGGACACGUCGGGGAUCGUGAACCAACAAGUAGGCCCCUCUAACGAGUACCCAACUUUCCUUGUGCACUACCUCGGUCGUAUGCCGACCAAUGCCGAGUACGGACGCGAGGCGGUCGAAGGACCCGUUGAUCAACUUUGUAAACUACGUGAGAAGCAGAAAUUAUCUCGUGUGAUGUUGAACUUCAACCCCGAAGGUCUUAGAUGUUGGGAGGUAAGCGGCCCCUUCCUUAAAUCCAAAAAGGACGGGUUUACUCUGAGUGUACCUUUACAUAACAUAACGUAUGGGAUAGGCUGUAACGAUCACCCCAACAUUUUCGCAUGUAUCGUUCGAAUGAACGCCGAUCCCGCACCUGGUGAAGACCAGAUGCUAAUAUUACAUGCUUUCCUCUGUGCCAAACCAGAUGUCACUCAGAAACUGACAUAUUGGCAACUCCAGGCUUACAUUGAAGCCUACGAAGAUCUCAAGCGUAAAAGGAUUCUACGAGAUAGACGUCGGAAGGCAAUGGGCGGACCUAGUGGGGAGACUACCGCCUUCUCACCCGUUGCAGAAGAGCCACCGAAAAGCCCGGCUCCGGACAUAACUGAGGUCAAAAUUAAAACUGUUGAGGAAGAGCAACGGAAAGACCCGGCUCCGGACAUUACUGAGGUCAAAAUCAAAGGCAAGGGGAAAGUGAAAGUGAAGAGCAAUACUGAAAUAAAAGCCGGGAAUGAGGAUUUGCAGAACGGGCCUUCGAGAGCUGUAGGCUUGGUUCUCCAAGACGGCUCAUACGUUCCAGCAUCAACCCACGUUAACAAUAACGAGACAGUACUCGAAGACCCAGACGAGGUCUUUAUCAAUCUGGCUGAAGCCCCAAUGGGUACAAUGGUACACCGGGCUCGUAUCAUCACACGACCGAAGCUCCCUUCCACGUCCAGCGAUGGAGGAGGCAACAACUCUUACUCACAAGCUCCUCCACCAGCAGAGGGGAAGCACUCCAGGGAAGGGAGUCUUUCAUCGGGGGAGGGAGACAUGAAGAAGGACAGUACAAUGAUCCAGAAACGAAUUGGAGACCUAGAGGAAUUUAUGGAAAUGGACGCCACUAUGCUGAAGAAGCUGAUGGUUUCAGAGCACCCGACAUUAGCAAGGCGUUUAUGUGUCAGGGCAACCGUCGACACCCAGGACGUAUUUACCCAAGAAAUUAUAGGAGAUUGUAGUGAUGCUUAACACUCAGAAGGAGAGGACUAAAGCCGUAUCCGAAUUGGCUACGGCUACGUGUGUUGCUGAGGUUGUUGCUAAGGACGUCGUAUACUUCAACGCAUGAUGACGUAGCUAGCUGUAGCCGCCAAUCAGGACACGACGUUAAGGUGUUUUCAUAUAGACACCCUCUGCUAAAUUAAUACUAGCCUUCACAGUUGGUGUAUCUCAACAUAUGCAUCAAAUAACAAACCUGCACGAAUUUGAGCUCAA